UGGAUUAAAGAACUGGGGAGCUGAGACUGAACCAGCCUAGACUGUGAAUUUACUCUUUUCCCUGAAGAGGCCUUGCUUUGCCAGGCAGUCCCUGUGAGUGACAAUGGUUAAGGAAUUACCCCCAAAUUUCCCCUCAAGCCAAAGGCUGGGUUCAGCCAUGACUGGCUGUCCUUGCUUUAGCCCCCAAGUCUUCGUGUGUGGAGGUGGGGAAGUGGGUGUUGGCUGUUGUUUUCACCUGGAAACCUAUAUUGCAAAAUGUUCUCAUUUUACAGAAAAGCUUUUGUGGCUCUGCUGUAGUGGCAGUGACAAGGAAACUGUGAGUAAGGCAGAUGAAUGAGCUCUAAUAAGAACUGUCAUUGUAAAUAAAGGGGGCAGAGCGUAUCACAAAUCUACUGCACCACCUAAAGAGGGUCAUUCAUAUCAAUACAGUUCAGUUGUGAUCUUGCCUGUAAACCCUGGAGCUGCCUAGAGCAGUGCCCAGCCCUUGGCACCCUGAAUUUGGGUGUCUUGAAAGGAUAUUUGGUUAAUGCCUGUCAGAGAAUACAAACAGCUCUUUGUCUGCAUCACAGCUGACCCUGACAGUGAUCUCUGGUAAUACUGACAUACUUGGUUUUUUAGAUGGAACUCCUUUCAUUUCUGUCACUACAAAGGAGUGUAACUAACUUCAUUAUUUUUUCUCCCACAUGGUUUCAGACCACUGAUGAAAGAGAAGCUACACCAAGGGAUCACGAUCGUGGUUGACAGAUACGCCUUCUCUGGAGUGGCCUUCACGAAUGCCAAAGGGAACUUCUGCCUGGACUGGUGCAAACAGCCCGACGUGGGACUCCCAAAGCCAGACCUGAUCCUGUUUCUCCAGUUAAGCCCGGAAGAAGCAGCAGAACGAGGGAACUAUGGACAUGAACGUUAUGAAUCCAGCUCCUUCCAAGAGAAAGUUCUGCAGUCCUUCUAUUGUCUGAUGGAAGACAAGACCCUGAACUGGAAGACAGUGGAUGCUUCACAGAGCAUAGAAGACUUGCACAGAGAAAUCAAGUCCAUUGCAGAGAAAACCAUGGAGGAGGUUCAGAAUAAACCUCUGGAAGAACUCUGGAAAUAAGACUUGAUACAGGGCAGGUCUAAAGGAAUAGGGGAAAGCUCACCUCAUGGAUGACUCCCUUACAUAUCACUCUCCAGUAGCUACAGCUCAGAUCCUGAGUAUUCUUCUGGGUCCAACGAUGCUGAUGUCCUUGUUAUUUCAUCUGCUCCUCCCCCUCCAUAGUCCCUUCCACAUUUUUUAAAUGAAUAUGCCAUAAGCAUGAAUCAAAUUCUUGGUAAAAACUUCCCUAUCCCAAACAGGAGCUCUUGUUGCAGCUCGAGUCCUGGGGUGCAGAUGUGGGUGUGAAGCCCAGGGCCACCCCUGAGCAUGGAGAGUUUCCAGUUCCAGGGAACUGCCAUGUUUCUGAUUAUUCUGCCUCUCUAGUAAAUGCACCCUGCAUGCUCAAACCGGUUUGUAGAGGACUUGCUAAUAAAUUAUUAUUUUUAAGCA